AUGGCGACGCCGCCUCCCGAGGCUCCCUCUGCGAUCAAAGAGGAGAAGCCUCAAUUGCCGCCGUCGCCCAAUGGAGUUUCACCUGCUGAUACUGGUCGCACAGGAGUCCAAGAUGCUGUAGCCAACGCCAAAUCAGACGCGCCCGUCAACGGUGCAGAGAAGCCGACAGAGGAGACCAAGCCUGCCAAGGCCAACGGAUCAACUGCUGAGUCUACCUCCAACACAAACGGCGUAGCCGCGACCGCCUCUCCGCCCAAGAGUCCAUCCUUGCCGACCGCAGAUACUUCCGCACAACCAGCCGUCGCGUCCGAAGAAGCCAAACCUUCAAAUGUGGAUUCCGCUGCGACUGGGGAGAAGAAGGAAACCGCUGGUGAAAAGACGUCUGCGGCUGCACAGGCAAGUGGCGACGGUGCGGGUGGCGCCGAGUCUAAAGAUACACAGGCGCUUCAGGAUGCAUCAAAGCCAUCAACUGAUGCGCCGUCCGACGCCAAAGUGGAGAGCACUGCCCAGCCAUCACAAGAUUCUGCCGCUGUGAAAACCGAGCUGCCCCACCAUCCUUCGAAUGCGAAGCCUGAGAGCGCAAUGCAGACCGACGCUGCUAGUACGGCGCCGUCGGUGCCGCCACUGCAGAGCGUGGAUCAAGAGAUGCGUGACGCGCCGGAUGUUCCAGCCUCCCCGACCAAGGUUUCGAGGGAGCGCGAGCGUGAUCCUAGCGACGAGCCUGCCGCCAAGCGUACCAAGAUCGGAGGGGAAGGUGCGGCGUCAGCCGAGUUCAAGGUGCCUGAUUUGCCUACACCUAGCGAGGCGCGCUCGGAACGGGCUACAAAUGGAGAAGCAACCAUGACUAAGGUUCAGCACAAGUUCCUCUCCAAGUCCAUCCAGAGCUUGAAGCGGAUGCACGAUUCCCGCUUCUACAGAGAGCCCGUGGAUCCCAUCAAAUUGAAUGUCCCCCAUUACCCGCAAUUUAUUAAACGGCCCAUGGACCUUGGAACUAUUGAGAAGAAGUUGAAAAACAACAAUUAUCGGACUGCACAGGCCGUUAUUGAUGAUUUCAACCUUAUGGUGCAGAAUGCGCUGACAUUCAACGGUCCCGACCACCUUGUCGCCCAAGAGGGGCAGAAGCUCAAGAUCACCUUCGAUAAGCAGAUGGCCAAUCUACCACGAGCCGAUGAGGUGGAGGAGAAGAAGCCGAAGAAGUCUGUUGCUAAGCCCUCGACAGCAGUCCGUCGAGAUCACCGCCCCGCUCCGAGUCCUAGCACGGCACGCGCCACGGGCGCUUCUCCCCAGGCGACGACGUUUGCUUUGGGUCCAGAAGGCCUUCCUUUGAUUCGCCGCGAUUCUGCUAAUGCUGACGGGCGUCCGAAGCGUUCUAUCCAUCCUCCGAAGCGCGAUCUCCCGUACUCCACGAAGCCGAAGAAGAAGAAGUACCAGUGGGAGCUGAGAUUCUGCCAGGAGGUGCUGGACGAGCUGCACAAGCCGAAGCACUACACCUACGCGAUGCCUUUCUACCACCCCGUUGAUCCUGUUGCGCUCAACAUUCCUACGUAUCACAGUAUCAUUAAGAAGCCCAUGGAUUUCUCUACUGUGCAGAGCAAACUCAGGGCCGGCCAGUAUGAGAAUGCCAAGGAGUUCGAGCUAGAUAUGCGCCUCAUCUUGAAGAACUGUUUUAAGUUCAACAUCCCGGGCGACCCGACCUACAUGGCGGGCCAGCGGCUCGAGGAAGAAUUCAACAAGAAGUGGGCUCAGAAGACACGUUAUCUGGAGCAGCAUGAGCCGCAUGUCGAGCAUCACAGCGCAGAGUCUUCCGAAGAAGAGAGUGAGGAGGACGCCGAAGAGAGCGACUACGAUGCCGAGAAGCUCAGCCUGCUGCAGAAGCAGAUGGAAGAGAUGACCCGCCAGAUCGAAGCUAUUACGAAGAAAAAGAAGACCCCGCCGGGAAGCAAAAAGCUCGGAAAGACCAAGCCGUCGAAGAAGGAGAGUAAGAAGCCUAGCACUAUGGGGCUCGCUAAGAAGGAGAGCAAGAAGAGCACCACCAAGGUUUCAGCCAAACCGGAGAAACAGCACUGGGUCACCUACCACGAGAAGCAGAUCAUUUCCAACGGGAUCAGUAGCCUUCCUGACAAGAAGAUGCAGGAGGCGCUCAAGAUCAUCCAGACUAAUGUCCCUGCCCUCAAGGGUACCCAAGAAGCUGAAAUCGAGCUCGACAUUGAUGAGCUUCCUAACGACGUUCUCCUUAUGCUACUUCGGUUUGUCAAGAAGAACGCGCCGCAUGUGGUAGAGGAGGAUCCUGCCUCUGCGGCAGCGGCGAACGCGGCCGCCCCGAAGCCGAAGAAGAACAAGCCCAUGAGCAAGUACGAGCAAGAAGCUCAGAUCAACAUGCUCGAAAGCAACUUGUCUCGGUUCCAAGGUGGUGGCGGAGGCCGUUCUCCAGACCCUAUGCCCUCGGUCGAAGCCAACGAGAGCAGCGACGACUCUGAAGAUGAUUCGGAGGAGAGCGAGGAGGAGUAA